AUGGGACCACAAAACCAAACCAGCGCGUCUGAAUUCAUCCUCCUGGGACUUUCAGAGAAGCCAGAACAUGAACCUGUCCUCUUUUCUCUCUUCCUCUGCAUGUAUGUGGUCACAGUCGUGGGGAACUUGUUGAUCAUCUUGGCCAUCAGCACUGACUCUCACCUCCACACUCCUAUGUAUUUCUUCCUGGCCAAUCUCUCCUUGGUUGAUUUCUGUCUAGCUACCAACACUGUCCCUAAGAUGCUGGUGAACAUUCAAACCAGGAGCAAGUCUAUCUCUUAUCCUUGCUGUCUAACUCAGAUGUACUUUUUCCAUUUUUUUGGCAUCAUGGACAGUGUCUUAAUAGCGGUGAUGGCUUAUGAUCGGUUUGUGGCCAUUUGUCACCCAUUACAUUAUUCUACUAUCAUGAGUCCACGCCUCUGUGGGCUGCUGGUAGGUGGCCCAUGGGUGUAUUCCUGCUUCAUCUCCCUUACCCACAUCCUCCUCAUGGCCCGUCUGGUAUUCUGUGGAAACAAUGAGCUCCCCCAUUACUUCUGUGACCUCACUCCACUUCUCCGGCUUUCAUGCACAGACACGACAGUAAACAAAAUAUUUGUGCUUAUUGUGGCAGGAAUGGUAAUAGCCACACCUUUUGUCUGUAUCCUCGCCUCCUAUGCUCGAAUCAUCGUGGCCGUCAUGAAGGUCCCCUCUGUGGGUGGGAGAAAGAAAGCCUUUUCUACCUGUAGCUCCCACCUCUCUGUGGUAGUCCUUUUCUACGGGACCACCAUUGGGGUCUAUCUAUGUCCCUCCUCUGUCCGCACAGCUGUGAAGGAGAAGGCUUCUGCAGUAAUGUACACAGCAGUCACCCCCAUGCUGAACCCCUUUAUCUAUAGCCUGAGGAACAGAGAUCUGAAGGGAGCUCUGCAGAAGAUAGUGUUUUCUAUUUCCAUCCAUUUGCCUGCAAACUUCAAGAAGUUCUUGUUUUUUACUGCUGAGUAGUACUCUAAUAUGUAUAUAUUCCAUACUUUCUUCAUCCAUUCUUCAAUUGAAGGGCAUCUAGGUUGUUUCCAGGUUCUGGCUAUUACAAACAAUGCUGCUAUGAACAUAG